CGUUGAGGCCGAGCUAUCGCUGGGUGGCCAGCAAUUGAAAUAAAUUGAAAUAUCAUAUUUUCCACGAUUAUUAAUAUUUAAAUAUGCAUUCCGUGUACACGCCGGUAGCGUCGCUGUGGCCGCUGCUGCUGCCUCUGCUGCUGCUGGUUACGCACUUGAAUGUGGCGACGUCGGCGGCGGCAGCGGCGGCUGUCGUCGGUGUCGGCGUCGACGCAGCUGUUGACAAGGAAGUGGCACCAGUUGGCGUUGUAAAAACGGAUUUGCUGUCAUUGGAGCAGGAAAUUGGCGGCAAUCCGGCGGCGGGGCAAGCAGCUCGUCAUCCGCGCUCAUUCUUAUUCGGCGUCGGCGGCGUCGCAUCUGCCUGGCCCGUUGGCUACGGGUACGGCUAUGGCUAUCCCGGCUAUGGUUACUACGGUUCACCAUACUACGGCUAUGGAGGCUACGGUGGCUACGGCGGCUACGGCGGCUACUAUCCGGGCGUCUUUGGCUAUAAGAAAAUUAUUAUCGGCUAGGGCUUAGACACUCGAAAUGGCCUUCCGCCAGUUCAAUGUGAGAUUAUAAAUAAUGUGCAAUGCGCGCUGACCCUGGGUUGUUGCUCUUGUUGUUGUUAUUAUAAGACAGUUUUAAAUUAA